AUGGCGUCUGCACCGUCGCUAGCAGGAUCUUAUCACGCAUCCUGUGCGUCUAAUGAGGAAGAAUCGAGCUUCCUCAAGCGAAUCCGCCUCCUCCACUCGGUCCGACUCGGACUUUCAUUCCUUGCCCUGGGAAUUUCCAUCUCUAUAAUUGCUUGUGAAGCGGUGCCCUACCGCCAUUACCGACACACAUCCUCCUUUGAGAGCGUCGGGCUAUACCUAUGGCCCUUGAAUUUUGACCUGCGCCCAACAAUCGCAAUCCUCGCAUGCGGCUGCGUGAUUGCAUUUCUGAGCUUAGUUUUUAUUGUUGUAGCUCUCCUACCAUCACCGCAUUCCCACAUCAGACGCGUCAAUCUCGCCGCAGUAACAACAUCCGCAGCAGGAUUCAUCACCUCCCUCGUCGGCCUCGUCUUUGCCAUAUACCUCCCAGGCUCCUCCUACCCGUUGGACUUCGACGGCGUCGAGACCCUCCACUCCUGGACCUGUAAGUGGAAGGUUUCUCACAACCUCCCUUUAGGAUUCUCCGACGCCGCAAACGAGACUGUCUCGCCGGCGCCGGCGAACUUCGCUCGAGACUGCUCUGCCACCUAUGCGGCGUUUGUCCUGCUUGGAUUCCUCAUAGGGCUUGAGGUUAUCAUGGGCGUCGCUGCAGGUUUGGGCACUUGGCUUGAGUUGAGUGUUGCGAGACAGCGCGCGCAUGAUCAGUAUCAGCUUGAGAAGGUUGGGACGACGUUCAAGUAUGGGAGGUAA